GCCCUCCACCUGCUGCCAUUGUACGAGGUUCACGCGACACCACCGUUCAUAAGACUGCAUUCAGCCAGCACACGUUCGACCGAGAUGUUUCACGAGGGCGACCUACAGAGCGGCAUUGGUCUGGCACUUCAACAGUCAAAAGCAGUCCUAUGCUUCGUCCAAGAUCAGUCCGAGGCGAGUCGGCGAUGGGAGUCUAUCCUGAACGGGGAAUCAAUUAAGACCGCAAUAACCUCACAAGCUGUUGCUCUGCGCAUCGAGGCAGGCUCACAGGAAGCUGGCUUUCUCUCGCCGAUAUGUUCAAUCGACAGUAUCCCCGCGAUUAUUGUCAUCAAGAAUGCCCAACUACAAGAGAACAUUCAGUCUGGUCAGAUUUCGACCGAUGACCUUCCAACCCGUCUAAGGAAGGCGUUUGGUGUUGAAGAAACUGAGCAGGAGUUGGCCUUGGCCGAGGACACUUCACAACCAGAUCAAGCAUCUUCAGGAGAAGAAACAGGAUAUCUCGAUCUCCAACCUGUCACGGAGGGUACACGUAUAUCGAACAACGCCUACGAUGCUCUACGGAAUCAUACUCAGAAACUGCUCGACGAUGGCAAGUCUCCUUCCGAAAUCUUCGAGACUCAGUUACACUUGAUAAACAACAUACCAAUAUUUCGAGACGAGGUGAAACGAUUACGCGGAGGAGGACGACGGGCACUGUCCGAACAUGUACGAUCUAGAUUGUUACGUUUUCCAGCAGUUGGACUUCGAAUACCUGGCCAGACACGAUCCUCGGCAACUGCGACACCAUCGCAACCCCAAGAAUCCACCCAGAAUAACACGUCGCCUCAGACAUCGACCGGAGCAAGCAAUAGAUCGCCUCCCGUACAAGGGAUCGACGCCGCGACGCCUUCCAAUGAUCAACCUUCCAGUGAACGACAACGAGCACAGCGAUCAGAAUACAUCAAGAUGCAGCGCGAGCGAGAACAACACCAACGAGACGAGCGCGACCGCAUCAAGGCUCAAAUUAAAGCGGACCGCGAAGAACGCCGACGACUCGACGAACUGCGCAAACAAGGCGACAUUGCCAGCUCGGCAUCCGAAUCCUCGUCCGGAUCAAAACAAAGAUCUACACAGGUCAGGGUUCAAGUGCGCACAUUCGACGGCAGCACACUCCGCUCGACGUUCCAACCGACUUCCACCUUAUCCAACGACGUCCGGCCAUGGAUCGACACGGAAACAAACAUCUCUGCCCCGUACAAUCUCAAACUCAUCCUGACCCCUCUACCAAACCGAAACAUCGAGGCCGCCGAGGAGGAACAAGAGCUCCGCAAUCUUGGGAUCGUAGGAAGCUGCACGCUCGUCAUGGUCCCCGUCAAGGGCUACGUCGAGUCGUACACCGGUUCUUCCACGGGUGGAUUGCUCAGCACCGCCGUGAGCGGAGGCUACAAUCUCGUCAGCGGCACGGCCGGUGCGGUUUUUGGCGGUGUCAAGAGCCUCCUGGGUUACAACACCACCCAGCAGGGAUCUGCCGAGGCCAAUGCCACUGGUGGAGGACAAGCGUCGACGUCGACACCACAGAAUGCCGUGAGGAAUGUUCGUGUGCGAACGCUGGCCGAUCAGCGUGCGGAAAGUGCGAGGCGCGAUCAACAGUUUUACAAUGGAAACCAGUUGAACUUUGAGCCCAAAAAGGACGAUGACAAGAAAGAUUAGUGAGCUGCGUGCUUUCAACAUAGAGAGGACUGCGCCCCGGCUCAUAGAGCGAAUGCGUACGGCGAUCGUUCACCGAAUGCUCACAGUGCAACAACAUUUCAUGAUUAGAAAAAAUUGCGCGUUUCAAAACGCUCAAGACCUGUGCAUUCUAGACAUGCUCUGUCUCUGUCUGCUGAAAUUUCAUUACGGACACAAGCACACAACCAUUUCUCAGCUUUCCCCCAAG